AUGCAAAAGUACAUGUCUAAAUCUGAAGUUCGAUGUGCAAGUUUAAUGAACAAUGUAUUGGAAGAAAACAUUGAUAUAAAUGAAAUUUUGGAAAAAAUUAGAUCAUUUGAGCAAUGUAACAUAAAUGAUGAUAUUAAGUCAUUAAAUUCAAGUAUAUCAAAAGAUAUGGUGAAAUUUGAUGGUGAACAAGAUGCCAAAGACUGUUUUCCAUCAAUAAAAAUGUUCCAUGCUUUCAAAACCCAAAGAGAUGCAUUUUAUGAUUUACUUGAAAAUUGGAAACAAAAUGAAAAUCAGUUUGAGCUAGAUUCUAAGAAAUUUGAACAUAUUAAGAAAAUGCUUAAUGAAAAUAAUAAUUCUGUUAAUAUGAGUAAAUUUGCUAAAUUAUUUGUCGCUCAAUUGAUAAAUUCUACAUUUGAAGAAUCAAAGAAUGUCUAUAAAAAUAAAACUAUUAAAGAGUUGUCAGCCUCAAAAUUAGAAUUACUCCAUCAGCGAAUUACUAAACGAGAUUAUACAAGUGGAUAUAGUGUUGAUCCAGCUAACGAAUUUCCUGGCAUGCAAAUGUUUUUUAAAGAAUUCGUCAUUAUGUUGUUGGGUGAUGGAAUUUUUUGUAAACAUUUAAUCGACACUUUAGUACACAGAAUCGAUGUAUUAAAUACAAUGGAAUGGGCUUCUGAACUACAAGAAGGUGCAAUUUAUCAACAAACUUCUUUUUUUUAUGUUGAUACUUUAAAAUUGUUAGCCAAAUUUUUGGCCUUUGCGUUAUAUAAUCCGUACAAAGAUUAUGAUGUUUUAAAUCCGGCUUUAAAAGAUUAUAUAUGGGAAGUACGAUCAAAGGCUUUACCUCCAAUAAAUUUACUUGCUAAAUUACAUAGUGCUCUUAAACAUGGACAUAGUGAAAUUGUAUUAACAACUUCAUGGAUAAUUGAAUACUUGUAUCAAGUGGAUCGGAUUUCAAUUACAACUCCUUUUUAUAAAGAUGUACUAAUUUUGAUCUAUUCUCUGUGUAUGUUAAAUUCAGAUAUAACUGGUUCCAUACUAAUGUUGCGGUUACAGUUUAAUUGUUUAAUUGAACACAUAAAUAUUGAACCUCAUACACUAUUUGAUGACUCAAAAAGAUGUUUUGAUAAAAGUCUUUUUGAACAUUUUGUAAAGGAAUUAAAAAAUGGUAUUACAGUUAACACAAAGCAAAUUUAUCACUAUUGUCCACAACUAAAUAACUAUCGUUCUGUAUUAGAAAGUAAAGUUAAUAAUAAAAAGAUAAAAUUUUUAUCGCCUACUGUCAGUAUACCUAGUCGAAAAAUAAAUCAAAAUCAUCAGAUAGAAUUGGAAUUAGAAUCACAUUUCUUUGAAAAUCAUUCCUCAUCUGUAUUAGCAACAGUUGAUUUCAUUGCUAAACGAAUUGCUUCUACUUGCACCAAAAAGAUUCAAAACAAAGGUAUGGCUGCUGUAAAGAAUCAAUUUGUUGAUAUUGUGUGUGAAAAAUUCAAAGAACAUAUCAGCGAAAAUACAGAUACAAUGUUUAAAGUGGAUGAAAAUGAUGUUGCAAAGUGUAGUUUAUUUUUAAGCACCUCUAUUCAACAGUACGUAGAUCAUUUUUCCAAAAACAAUAUUCCCAACUCAAUUCAAGAACUAUUAGAUUCUGAAUCUGUGAACCCGGGCUCUUUGCCUUUUUGUAUUGCUGUUACAGUUCGUAAAUUUAAAGCACUAGUAACAGAUUGGGUUAAGAAUCAUAUAAAUAUCAAAAAUAUGUUCAUUACUUACAUUAGUACUGAAUUGAAAACAAAUUUGAAAACUGGUAUUAUAAAUGAAGAUGGAAAUAAUCUUCGUGAACUAUUGAUGCCUACUCAUUGUGAUGAGCCAGAUGAAGAUUAUUUUAUCCCGGAAAAUGAACUAUUGAUAGAUUUGAAUAUGUUUAGUUUAAAAAUUAUUGAAGUUGAUAAUCAUAAACUAUCUCUGGAUGAUAUUUCAGAAUAUUCUGAAAGAUUUAAAAUUAUUUUAGAAAACAAAAAUAACAUGGAAUUAAAUUUAUACCGAUUUAUAAUAACAAGACUGAUUGAUAACUUAUUACUAGCAACUUAUCAAAUGCCGAUGUUAUUUAAUAAAGAUGUGAUGAAAGCUUAUCAUCCGUAUUUCGCUGAAAAUAUGUAUACCGUUUCAAUGAUAGUAUGUGAACGUAACAUAUAUAUUCUGUCACAGAAGUCUAAUUCUCAUAAGGCUAUUAUAAGUGAAAAAAUAACAGCUUGGAUACAAUAUUUCAUAGAAAACGAUUUCCUAACUAUUGAUGAACUAACAGAUCAAAUUAUGUCAAUUUUACAAUUAUCUUGGCCAGAGGAUACAUUAAAAUGUUUAUCGAUUUGCUUUAAAGACCUUAACAGUGUAUGUUUAAAGAAAUUUGAUGAUACAAAGGUGCAAGAGUUAUUCAUGUGGUUAACAAAUUUCAUGGACAUGAUUGAGGAUUAUGAUAUCGAUUAUUGA